AUGUCGCAAUUACAAAUUAAUAAAACUGCUGCUACGUUUACUUCUUUUAAUAAUCAUUUAUUUGCCUUCGGAUCAAAUACUUUUGGACAAUUAGGAAUUGGUUCUAAAAGUGACUCAAACCUUCCAACUCGUUGUAUUUUUUCAAAUAAUCCCAAAGAUAUUUUUGAUUUUCCUCCAAAAAUUAUUGUUGGUGGUGGAAAUCAUUCUGCAAUAAUUACUCAUAACGAAAAGUCAGAUUCUAUAGAUAUUUAUCAUAGAUUAAUUUUACCUGAAGAAUUAUCAUCAUCAUCAAAGAUAAAUUGGCAUCACGUAACUUGUGGAUGGACUUUCACAAUUGCUACAACACAAAAAGGAACAUCAUAUAUAUUUGGUAAAGGAAAUUUUGGAGAGUUGGGAUGUGGAAAAAAUGUUAAAACAACAAAUGAUCAAAUUUUUAAGAUCUCAGAAAUAACGAACUUUCAAAAGGUUGUUUGCGGAUUACGUCAUUGUAUAGGAUUAACUAAAGAAGGAAUUUGUUAUGGUUGGGGAAGUAAUAGAUAUGGUCAAUUAGGAUUAUUGAUAAAGAAUCUGAAAGAAGGUGAAAAAAAGAAAAAGCAAAAUGACAAUUAUUGUUAUUUUACACCUACGCGAAUAGAAAUCAAACAGAUUAAUGAGGAAGAAAAGAUCAUAGAUGUUGCAUGUGGUCAAAAUCAUUCUGCAGUUUUAACUCAAGGAGGAGAUUUAUACACUUUUGGACUCAACAAAUGUGGACAACUUGGAUACGCAUCACCCUUGAAAAUUCAGAAUUGCGAGAUUCCGAGAAAAGUUUUCAAUCUUCCUGGAAGUGUUUUAAAAAUAUCUUGUGGAUGGAAUAAUACAUUGCUGGGAAAGAAAAAUGAAUUCGACGAAAUUGAUGACACAUUAAACGAAAAGGAAGGAUGGGUUUCCAAGCCAAUCCCAUUGUAUUUUCUUCCACAUACACUCUCUUCUUUGUCAAAAGAUGUAGAAAUCAAAGAUUUUGUGUGUGGAUCAGAACAUUCUUUAUGCAUAAAAAAGAAUGGUGAGUUUUAUGAAUGUUUUGCUUGGGGUUGGAAUGAACAUGGAAAUUGUGGUACAGGUAAUAAUAUUGAUCAAUGGAUGCCAAUUCGUAUAAUUCCUGAAAAUACUAUUAUAAAAGGAAUCGGUGCAGGUUGUGGAAAUUCUUGGAUUUGGACUAAAAAAUAA